AUGGUAUCAAAAAUUUCUGGCAUUAUUACGAAAACAAAUGGGUUUUAUUUAAUAACAAAUGAAAUUGGUUUAAUGAAUUUUUUCAUUCAACAUACAAGUGUAUCAUUAUUGAUUACUGAAAAUGCUGUACCCGAUGUACGUGUUGAUAUGGAAACAAUAUUGAAUAAACUUUUACCGAAAGAUAAUUCUUAUAAACAUUUAGAUGAAGGUAAAGAUUAUAUGCAGACACAUGCAAAAUGUUCAUUACUCGGCUCAUCAAUUAAUAUUCCUAUUACAUCGAAACUCUUAGUUUUUGGUGCUUGA